ACCCUGCAUUCUGUUGAGCGCCUUCAUCAUGGGUGGUGUUUUCACCUAGAGUGUCUCAUAAAAGACCCGUGAAGACGUCCCACAGGAGGAUGGACUAAUGGUAUCGGGUGUGAUAACGCGGCAUUCCACGUCCUGUGAUUAUCCUCAUAAAUAAAGGAUUAAACGUGGAUAUUCAUCCUGAAUGCAGGACUGCUCCGUUUACGCGCAUGUGAAAUCAGCCGUUUGACGGGUUCAUAGUGACUGGUGUUCAAUGGCGAUGGCCCCUUGCUGUCUGAUAACAAGUUAAAAGGCCUUUUCAAGGGAGACAAGGACCGAGAGCAGUCCCACAGAUGCCGAGAAGGAGAAGUCGGAAAGGAUAGGUAAUCCUAGCAUAGAAGCUGUUGCUUCGCAGGCUAGUCCUAUUCCAACACCACCACCAGAUCCCAUAAGGCCUAUGCCACAAAUACCAGACACAGAUGCUCCUACUGCCAAGAUCUUUGUUGCUUUGUACGAUUACGAUGCUCGCACAGAUGAAGAUCUCAGCUUCAGAAAAGGAGAACACUUGGAGAUCCUCAACGACACCCAGGGUGACUGGUGGCUUGCUAGAAGUAAGAGGAGCAGACAAGAAGGCUACAUCCCAAGCAAUUAUGUGGCCAAACUAAAGUCCAUUGAGGCUGAACCAUGGUACUUCCGAAAGAUCAAGAGAAUCGAGGCAGAGAAGAAGCUGUUACUAUCCGAAAAUGAUCACGGAGCAUUUUUGAUUCGAGAUUCAGAAAGUCGGCACAACGACUAUUCACUUUCAGUGCGGGAUGGAGAUACGGUUAAACAUUAUCGUAUCCGGCAGUUGGACGAAGGAGGAUUCUUUAUUGCAAGGCGAACAACCUUCAGGACACUUCAGGAUCUCGUCGAGCACUAUAGCAAGGAUGCUGAUGGACUCUGCGUUAAUCUUUGCAAACCUUGUGUACAGAUUGAGAAACCCGUAACGGAGGGUCUAAGCCAUCGUACCCGGGACCAAUGGGAGAUCGACCGUUCUUCCCUCAAGUUUGUUCGCAAACUAGGACAGGGUCAGUUCGGUGAAGUAUGGGAAGGACUGUGGAACAACACCACACCGGUGGCUAUCAAGACGCUCAAGCCAGGCACUAUGGAUCCUAAGGAUUUCCUUGCCGAAGCACAAAUCAUGAAGAAGCUUCGGCAUGCCAAAUUAAUUCAGCUUUAUGCUGUCUGCACUAUGGAAGAGCCUAUAUACAUAAUUACUGAGCUUAUGAGAAAUGGAAGUCUUCUUGAAUUCCUGCAAGGCAAAGGUCGCGGAUUGAAGCUGCAACAGCUGAUCGACAUGUCCGCACAGAUUGCAGCUGGCAUGGCCUAUCUGGAAUCACAAAAUUAUAUUCACAGAGAUUUAGCAGCAAGAAACGUACUUGUUGCCGAUGGCAAUGUCGUUAAAAUCGCUGAUUUCGGCCUAGCAAGGCUCAUCAAGGAGGAUGAAUACGAGGCGCGAGUAGGUGCCCGUUUCCCUAUAAAAUGGACCGCACCUGAAGCUGCCAAUUACAGCAAGUUUAGUAUUAAAUCAGACGUCUGGUCCUUUGGUAUUCUACUCACAGAAUUGGUUACAUACGGAAGAAUUCCAUAUCCUGGUAUGACCAAUGCUGAAGUUUUGCAUCAGGUGGAGCAUGGUUAUCGUAUGCCGUGUCCAUCAAACUGCCCAACAGCACUGUACGACAUAAUGCUAGAAUGUUGGAACAAGGAUCCGAUGAAGAGGCCGACCUUCGAAACACUCCAGUGGAAGCUGGAGGACUUCUUUACCAUGGAGGGUUCGGAGUACAAGGAAGCAUCUGCGUACUAAACCGUUUUCAAAGGGUCCUGUUGCGUGUCUCUUUCUUAUCUCGUUUCUUAAUACCGCGUUAAAGCAUUCGACGAGGACGUCCUCGCGAAUCAAACCAAAGUCGAGAUGCUCUGGAGAGUGUCCCGCGUACGGGAGAACUUCAGUGCUGCAAUUACGAGUGCCGUGAAAAUUAUAUGCAAUUCUUAAGAUUUGUGUUCAUCGACUUUAUCUCGUAUGAAUUAAGGAUCGGUAGGUCAGUGCAUGAACAGAAUUAAAGAAUUACUUGCGAUUGACAAUUUAAUAAGAACCGAUCGAUAAGAGCACGCUGCCUCCAUUUUUGUGUAUUAGAUAAAAGGUAGACACGGUACUGUUUAUUUUUUAACGUCAUCAUACCAUUUUCUUUGUCUAUCUAUUAUUUUCUCUUUAUCCUUUACUCUUUGUCUUUGUAUUAUUUGUUGUUUUUUUUAUUCGUUGUUCCAUUCUGGCUGCCAUACGGGAAAUCGCAAGCAUUCAUCGUGGUCGUAACGGUAUCGCUCCGAACUAUGAUAUUUUGAUGAAUAUUCUAUCAAACAUGAUAACGACCACGGUAUCUCUGUUUUAGCGUGCAACGCGAAAGUGGAGAGCGGAAGCUUCGAUAAUGAUAAAAGAUAGAAGUAAUGAUUUAAUUUAAAUAAGUGAGAAUAUUUUGGGGGAUUGUCUCGGAACGAAUCGCAAGCUUUGACAAUGCUACUCGAAUGGGAUUUGAUUGUCUUGAAGUUUAGUGCUAGUGGUAGCGAGAUGGUUCAAAAGUAUUAAUGUAAGAUAUUCGGCGUGAAGUCUGCCAGAACUAUGUUCGGAAGAUUUUUAUAUCUAACCGCAAUUAAUUCUAUGUACCAUUUUGCUAUGUCUUCGGGGAGGGACGGACACCGCGAGUUCUCGAUUUCGAAAUUAUGUUUACAUUUUGUAACGAACGAGUAUACUGCUGUUGUUGCUGCCGUUGCUGUGGCUGUGACUGUUGUUGUUGCUGCCACCGCUACUUAUCUUCCAAUCAUCGAUCGCUAAAGUUACGGGUAUCUAGAUUUUUUUGUGCUAGAGUCAAAAGAAAAUAUUUCCAUUAGCGCAAGAUAAAUCGGACGACUCUGUCGCUUUUGACAGAUGUAGAUAAAUGUCGCACUGAAUUUUUUUUUUUCGAUUCUUCUGCGCAUCGAUCAUGUGUUAAUUUUUAAAUGAAUUUGCUUUUGAUGUUAUAUGUGUUACAGGACGUUUCCUUAUCAUGAUAUAAAAUAGAAUCAACAGAUGGUCCGUCCAGAACAGCGUACGUGACGAUAUGGCUCUAGUUUAUUUCUGUCCUGGCUUCGAGUUUUCGUGUUCAUUUAAAUCUCUGACGGUUCGAUUCUAGCGACUUCCGGUCUGCGACAACAAUUCACACGAAACGUACCAACGAGAGACGUUCGAAAUAAAUGUAUCUAAUCUCGAAAAAUGAGAAAUCUAAUCUUAAAUGUUCAUAAGGAAAAUUAGGCGUUAUGCGAUUUAUUAGCUAAGUAAGCCUUAGGACUUUAUUCUGAAUGUCGAUAAGAUUAAAGGAACAAUUAAUAAGAAGAAUGCUAAUGUUCGCUGUCUCGAAUCUUCGGCCGUUGUGCAUUUCAAAUGAAAGCGUAUACUUUUUCAAUUAAGCUCUUCAUUGAUGAAAGUGUUUUGAUAACGUAUCUAUUGGUACGAAGCAUUUGGACUUCCGGUCAACAACAAUUUAUUCCUCAGUACUAAUGAAUUUGCUUUUUUUUUUAUUACUGAUUAUCAAGCGAAUAUUCGCCCCGUCGCUACUAACCAUCGUUCAUUUUACAAAGAAACGUCUUUCACUUUUUUCAUUAUUUUAUCUUUUUUUUUGCUUUAUACAUACAUAAUAUAGCCUGGAGAAGGGCGUAGCUCAAUAAAAGCCCGGAGGAUAGUCGAACUUUAUUUUUCGUGUUUUCACACCUUAACGAUCGUAUCUCUGUAGAAUAUUGUUAACAAAAUUGCCAGUCCGCGCAUAAUACCAACGACUGAGCCAACCUUUAUUUUUUAAGAUUUUCAAAGUACGCGCCAUAACGUCACCUGCAAUAUUUAGAAUUUGACAGUGCGUAUGGUCAAGGUCAUAGGGUUAUAUAUAUAUCUUAAAUCCCUAAAUUCAUGCUCAGUUUUCAGGGACCAGAUAGACGUCCGUACGUCAAAUUUUCAAAAUUUCCAUCGCAACUUGUCAAAUUCUCAGCGAGAAGUCAAAAAGUGAAAGAAUCAAAUUGCAACAAUUAUUUGUCCUUCGUAACGUUGCAGAAAAUUUUUAAUUAUAUAUCUUCCCCCUUUUCGUCGCUUCCUUAACCAUUAAGCUCUGUACGGUGCACGUUAUGCUUUUUCGAGUCUUGAGUAUCGCUGCUUGAUUUUGUAUU